UUCAAAAUGGCGGAAAGACUUGCCUCUCAAACAUUGCAGAAAUUUGCUGAAUUAGAAGAGCUCGCUCAAGAAAUAAUGGAAGAUAAACAACAGAUAAUUGAACUUGAUAAGCAGAGGAAUACAAACAGAGAAGCUCUUCGAAUGCUGAAGAAAGAGGAUAAAAGAGGAUUAAGUGGGGCAUCAUCAUCCAAACCCUGGGUGUGUUUUGGAAACAUGUUCAUCAAGCUCCCAAGUUCCAAUGUGCAAGCAAUGUUGCAGCAAGAUCAGAAGAACUUAGAAGAGGAAAUAAGCAGGCUAAGGAAAGACUUGAAGCCAAAAGUUUCAAAGCUCCAUGAACUGGAGGGAUUACCAGAGGUGAAGGGAUUUGACUUAACUGCUCUGACAAAAGAUGAUUUGCAGAGUCUGGAGCCAUGAUCCCUCAAAGGAGGAGCAGAAAUGGCUGCACUACUACUUUACACACAGACUCUGCUCUAUAAACAAGUCAUCCAAGGCUGAAGAAUAUCACAAGAUACAAAUCUUCAGUUAUUCAAAACAGCAAAGGUAUACCUUUAAAGGAAGGGGGCAAGAACUGGGAUGCAAGUGACCCCUGUUUGUCAAAAAGGGUAGCACUAAGUGUGGAAUAUCUCCAAUGAAAAUCCUGCCAACAACAUGGAAGAAAAUGCAAGAUAUGAUUUUGUGACCAUAAGGGCACUGGUGCCAGAUUGCUGAGAAAGUCAAGACUAUUGGAUUACACAUGGAACACUACAAACUGAGUCUUGCCUUACUUAUGUUAAUAUUGCCUGACUUUUAUUUUUGAUAUUUCCUUCAGGUGAAAGAGCAGCAAUAACUAUUCACCAUUUUUAAGCAAAGAUGGAUCCAUGUAUGGAUUAUCAGUUUAUUGGAGUUGGUUGACAACAGAAAUAGAUGUUUAACAAUACCCAUCCACACUGAAAAUAAAUAACUAACUUAUCUAAUUUUUCAUUUUCAUGCAAUUUCUUCAUUCGAUUUAGAAAUGUGACAUUUACAACACCCCUCCCAUUCUGCUUUACAAAAUUUGUUUACUAUGUACAUAUACUACAACCUUGGAAGAACUGAAGCCUAUGAUAAAGAACAAUUCUGAAGACUUAAAAAGUGGACUUGAUUGUGGAUUUUCUUAUACCUCGCUUGUAUUAAAUGUGUUAACCACUGAUAGCAGGCUAUUCUGGCUGUUAUUCAUUAUCACGUCUUCUUGAUGGCCUGGGCAUUCUUGAACACUUGCUUCAGUUGUUUGUCACGAUCACUGUUGUCACAUCCUGAAGUUUAUGAGAAAUUGUUAUGACUGUGGUUUUCAAAGUUUUGGAGUGCAGAAAUUUGGGUCAGAUGGCCAAGGGGGAAUAUACCUGACAAUUUUACUGCAGGGGACUUCUGGAAACAAUGUAGCUUUGUGAUAAGUUCUCAUAAUACAGCAUCUCUCUACAGCACAGAGGCAAGUUUCACUAUACCCCUAGUCCCUAGUGACUCGGUGGUCAGAUGUCAACUUUGUUAUUUUAUACUGUUAAUUUGCAAAGUGCUUCUAAACAACAGUAGCAUGACAUCUCACCUAAGAAAGUAUUUGUAGGGUAUGGAGGAUUUGGAAUACAAUCUGCUCCACUGGUAUCAUCCAUGUAGACUGGUCCAUCAUUCCACAUCAAGUCAAAACCUCCUACACGUUUCUCUCUCCCUGUCAGUCUCAAUGUGAAAAAAUACACAUAAUGUUAGGCUUAAAUGUGACAUCAAGAUCAAACAACUGCACCCAAACUAAUUCCACUAAGAACACUGCUAAAUUAAAUGCUAAUAAACUGUAUUUGAUCCUUUUAAAAUUUUCUC